CGAGCCAUUGCUGAAAAGUCCACAAAAGUGUCAAAGAUGCAACAGUUCACAGUAUUUGAUUAGACAAAAAAAAAGGUCUUAUCAAUCCGCUUAGAGAGACAAAGGUGCAAAUCAGUGUCACAGAAGUCAAAGUUUAAUUAAUAUUUCAUAGGCUGGCUGAUGUCACAACUCCUUGUGAAGCACAUAUAAAAGAGGGACACUGUAGGUGGGACGUUCUUCACAAAUAUAACUCAGACUUGUCUCCACCUGCUGCAGAGAAGGACGCCUCCUGUUUGAAUUUCAGCACCAUGGUCAGCGCCCGGACCCUCCUCCUUCUUACGGCCACCUGCUGCGCCUACCUGCGACUGGCCCGAGCGGAGGAGUCCUCACUGGAGACGCGCUCCUUAGACUUCACCCUGAAAACCCAGCAGGAGAAAGACCUGAUCGAUGCUUUGCAAGAAGUUCUGGAAAAGCUGAGAAACAAAGAAAUGCCCUUAGAGAAAAAACUUGGCUGGUUACCUUCGUGUGAUGCAGGGGAGCCAUGUGCUGUACGUAAAGGGGCACGCAUCGGGACCCUAUGCAGCUGUCCCCGGGGGACUUCCUGUAACUUCUAUGUCCUCAAAUGCUUGUAAAGAAUAAACAGAAAUACAAAGGAUACACAGCUUUGGGUCAAUUCGCCUUUUUGCCAAUUUUACACCAAUAUAUUUUACACGGUUUUGUUACUUCUUCCUUAAAUUUCAGCCAUGUCAUACCAAUCAAUACAUUGAAACUAUUUCUUAAUAUUUUGUUUUUCUUUGUCACUGCUAUUUAAUGAAAUACGAAGAUAUCUGGUCAGAAACUAUUCAAAAUAUAUUGAUAUAAAGCACUUUAACUUGCACCCUACUUCCAUUUAUUUUGAGCCACCUGACUUUACUGAAAAUAAUUCAACAUUUUAAUUUAGUCAGUAAUAUUAGCCUCAAACUUGAAAAUAGGCUCAUUCCUUAUGAAUGCAUCAACAAAUGUGAAGUCUUACAAUCUGUAGUCAAGGAAAAAAACAAAAUCUGCUAAGUUUUAUGAAAGGAACAUGAUUACAAAGUUAUGAAAUGGCAAAAGGGCGAAAUGACCGGCUCCUGUGACAUGCACUGGUGUGGAGUAAAUUAAGUGACGAAUGUAAGAUUUGGCAGGGCAUCAGGGAGCUCUGUUUAUGCCCAUUCUGAUUUUCAAGUAGAAAAAAUAUUAAAUGUCUGACCUUGUGAAAAACUUUCUGAUAAUAUUUCCUUCUAAUUCAGUCAAUCAUUGUGGAACAUAUAGCUUGUUUAUAAAUAUAUUUGUAAGAGCCAAAGCCAUUAAAGUGACUUUCAAAAAUCAAA